AGGCUGGGUGCAUUUCCGAGAAAAUAGGAGAAAAUUACUUAAAUUUUCUGAAAUUUCUCGGAUUUUCCUACAGUCUCAUGUGAAUGACCCUUUAUACUCACUUGGACGUACGUGGCAUCCACCAUCUGUGCAGUUUACCCAGUUUCGGUCGAAUUACCUUGUGGCAUUUGUGCCACGUAUUUUUACUGAAAAAGGACCUGAAGAAUUCACAAUUUUAGAUUAAACGGUCUUCUUAAUGCGUGUUAAUAAUUCUUAUCGAAGGACUUAAGUGGUUGUCCUUAACAAAAAUGGGAUCAUCACAAAGUGUUGAGAUUCCUGGCGGUGGUACAGAAGGUUAUCAUGUACUCCGGGUUCAAGACGGUUCUCCAGGUCAGAAGGCCGGUCUUGAAGCUUUCUUCGAUUUUAUUGUGGCUAUUGGUAACACUAGAUUGGACCAAGAUAACGAUACAUUGAAGGAACUUUUGAAAAAUGGAGUAGAUAAGGAAUUACAGCUCACUGUAUAUAGUAGCAAAACGCAAGUGGUUAGGCAAACUGUUAUUGUACCAAGUUUAACAUGGGGUGGCCAAGGUUUACUUGGAGUUAGUAUACGAUUUUGCUCCUUCGAAGGAGCCAAUGAAAACGUCUGGCACGUUCUCGAAGUACAUCCGUCUUCGCCAGCUGAUUUGGCUGGAUUACGAUCAUUCACGGAUUACAUAAUCGGCGCAGAUUCUGUUCUGCACGAAAGUGAAGAUCUCUUCAGUUUGAUCGAAGCUCAUGAGUCUCGACCGCUGAAACUUUACGUUUAUAACACCGACGAUGAUUCUUGUAGAGAAGUGACGAUUACACCUAACAACACAUGGGGAGGCGAGGGAAGUUUGGGUUGCGGCAUUGGAUAUGGGUAUCUACAUCGUAUUCCCAUCAGAAAUAUGUCAGACAUCAAACCCGUCCAUUCUUACUUGGCAAACAAACCAAAUAUUGCAACGACUCAAGUCUCGACUCCGUUGUCAACUCAAAUAUCAAGUCCAGCUGAGAGCAGUAGCAGUACAGUGACCAUUCCUCCAGGAUUCACUAUACCGCCUACUUACGUACAAACUCAAGCGGCGCCCACUUUGUCGAUGGAACCCACUCCAUCAUUUCAGCCAGUCUUUACAUCUGCACAAUUAAAUCCCGAAAUUCCUCCAAGCAGUUCCGUCUUAGUUGACAUAUCUAGUUCAACCAAUUCAACUGCGCAUUUGUUUUCCCCACCAUCUGCCUACACCUCACCAGGUACUGAUCACACGGCAUAUCAAACUACGCCAAAUAUCCCUGGUAUGCCACAAAGUUCGCCUCUACCCCCCCUACCUUUUGAUAUAAACGUGCCCAGCAAUAUUUCUAGUGUUAAUAGUCCGGUGCAGACUUACAACCCGAUACCGACGUCUGUUGACGUCCCAUCUACCUUACCUUACAGUGUACAGCAGUCGCAAAUUGUGACACCAAUUUCACUGCCUGGUAUGCCACCAAUAACUGUUAGUGCCGCUAUUCCGCAGAACCCUUCCUUUUAUCCGACUGUCAGACAUCAAUCACAAAUACCUACUUCUAAUACUGUGCCUCCACCGACAUCGGCAUCAGCACAAUAGAGACUAUUAUAUUAUAUUCCAGACUUUGCUAUGUUGGCGGUGAACAACCCCGUCAACUUAUUUUGUUUCCUUAUACUUUAUAUCCACAGAUUGAGAUGAAUGCAGACGCCAAGUAAGAUAUAAAGAUUGUAAUUUUAAACCAUUGAGCAUGGCAGUUUGGCAUUGUUUGCUUAAUUACCACUGAGACGCGGGGAUUCUAGAUCAUAAAGUCAGCUGCAGGUGCAACAGAUUACAAAAAUAUAAGAGGAAAGAUAAAAGGGAAAUGGAAUGUUUUUGAUGAAAAUUUUUGGAAGAUUUUUUGUUUUUAUACAUGAGAGAUUGAGAGCAUUAAGACGAAUUUUAUUUGCGUUGAUAAUUUACUGCCAUGCUUCAUUGUACAUACAAUGCAAAGUGCAUUAUAAAAUUUGUCAACAGUCUCCAAACAAUAGUUUAGACAUUGGAGGCAUACAAAAUUAUCUGUUAAGCUGGUCGUGAGUAAUUAUUAUAGGCAGAUUGGAAUGAAAAGCAUUGAUUGGUAUUUAUUGUAAAAUACGUCCUAUGACUUUUUAUCUUAGGGUACUUUAUGAUGUUUACUGAGGGACGUAGCGUGAAUUUUAAGGUUCUCUGUAUACAUGUACGUUUAUAUCUAAAGCUGUUCACAAAAUCAGUUUCAUAAAAAUCGCAAUGUGAACCUUUUA